CACACACAUUGCUGGUGGUGAAUGCGUGCCAGCGUUGUUUACGGUACGGGGUACAACAAUACAUCGACUGGCCCACCCCCCCAGGUGGUCAGCCGCGAGCGGAGGUACACACGAGACAAGCGUGGUAGCGGUAUCGUUAAACGGAGCGGAACACCGCCGGUAGGUCGCGUUUGAUCGAGGAUACGGACCGACAAAAUGAAGGAUAUCAGCAGCGGCAAGGCAAAUCUGCACAAGGACACCCUCUACAAGGAUGUGGUUGUGAUAGGCAAUGGACCGAGCGGCAUAUCGCUGUCGUACAUGCUGGCGGGCCACUGGCCGUACUGGGUACCGGAGCGGGCCCAGAAGCACCCGGACGAGCUGCUGCGGGCCCGGCUCGGGUACUACGACGCCCAGAAGAGCCUGAUCGAGCACGACCUGUUCAGCUUGGCCGACGGGCUCGAAGGACGAAGCACCAAUCCCGUUUCGUUGCUGCUCGACAGCCUCCAACACCCGUGCGCCGAUCUGGGAAUGGAUCUUCCGUCGAUGGUCGAGUACCGGUAUCAUCCAGAGAAACAGAUAGAUCAUCUCGUUCUGGGCCGGGGUCCACCGGGCGGUUCCUGGCAUCGGAUGGACCCGAACCUCCGUACCCUGUCGCUGGCCGCCUGGAUGUCGCUGCCUGGGCUUCCGUUCGCCGACUGGGAAUCGCGUCAUCCUGCCGGCUUGACGGAGGACCCGAACACUCGACUGGCCCCGCUGACUCGGGCCCGUGACGCUGCCGAUUAUGAGAUGGAUCGACGGCGGAAGCUCCACUCGCCGGGCGGCGCACCUCUUUCGGCGGAAGUCCACGGUUGUGCACGGUGUGCCGGUGAGCAGGCGAAGCACAGACGGCAGGCGGCGAAUGUUACCGCCGUCGGACAGCAGAAAGUGACCUUAGCAAAGUGUAGCAAGUGUCGCAAUGCCGACAGCAACAACAACAACGACAGUAGCCGUUACGAACGCAAAGAACGGCAGCUAAACGGCGGUGAACCGACCGACGGACCCGUGGACGCCAACGUGGUGGCCGUGCUCGACGAGCGGAGCGGCAAGGUGAACGUUAAGCUGCUGUGUCCACCGCGCCGAAACCUGUCGCUGAAGCGCCAGGUGUCGAAGGAGGUCGAAACGCGGGCCCUGAUAUCGCGCGUCGCCCAGUACUACGAGGGUUACGUGAGCGAGAUGGGCCUCGACAAGUACUUCAUGAACUCGACCAUCGUAACGACGGUGGUACCGCUGGACGCUUCGACCGCGGGAGCGCCUGUUCCGGCUCGGCUUCGGCAGGGCCGCUGGAUCGUCGCCGGAUUCGACGUAACGACCAAUCGACGGUUCCAGGUAGUGUGCCGAAAUCUGGUCCUAGCGAACGGUGCCUCCGAUCUGGCCAACCGGUUGGGUGUGAAGGGCGAAGGGCUGCAGAUGCCGUGGGUUAAGUACGAACUGCCGCAUCUGGAACACGCGCUGGAGCGCUACGAUGAGCCGGCCCGGACCCAGCUGAAGCCGGUGUUGAUCGUUGGUGCCGGGCUGAGUGCUGCCGAUGCCGUCACCAUCUGCCGAUCGUCCGGCAUACCGGUUGUGCACGUGUACCGGAAUCGAACGGCCGGCCUGGACAAGAUGCUGCCCGGCAACGUGUACCCCGAGUACCACGAGGUACACAAGAUGAUGAAGGAUUCCAACCGGAAGCACGAACUCUACACCCCACUGCCGGAGCACACGAUUGUCGACCUUUCCGUUGGUGGUGGCGAAACACAUCGCGUCACUGUCCAGCACCUCAAGACGGGCGAGCGACGCGAGAUCGAGGUGUCGUACUGUGCGAUACUGAUUGGUUCGCGGCCCGAUCUGCGCUUCAUUUCUUGCCUCGUCGAUGGCAGCACGGCCACGGGAGUGCCAGCCGCGACGUCGAUGGUAAUCGCGGCUUCCGACUCGGACGUGGAAGAGGAAACGGACCGAGGAUUUGUUCGCCGGGCGCCACCGACUCAACCGCUCACGAUGUGGACGUUCACGGAGCAGCUGCUUUUUUCGCGUCUCGGCCGCAAGCUGUUUUGGUUCAAAAACAUGUGCGCCAAGUGCAAACACAUCAAUCUGACCGAUAAGACGCGCCACAAGCAGCAGCUGCAGCAGUACCACCAUCAACACCAACCUCAGCACGGUCUGCUGGCCGCUCUCGGUGGCUACUGUCAGCACGAUGAGGCCGACACGGCACCGUUCGGCACGAAUCCAGGGGCCCUGCAGCAGCGGCAACAGCUGAGCGCCGCAUCGGGUAUCGGGCUGGGCGAGGAUCGUACGAAGCCGAUCGACUGCAAGAACAACCCGAUCGAUGUGGAUAAGUACACAAAUGCGGUGCUCCGGUCCCCGCACGCCGGCCUGUACGCGAUGGGGCCACUCGUGGGGGACAACUUUGUGCGGUUCAUUCCGGGCGGUGCCCUCAGUAUUACUGCCGCGCUGCACAAGCGGACGGAGAAUGAUUGACUCGACCACGGUCCUCCCGGCCGCCGGGUUGGUGCCUUCUUGGGGCGUGUUGUUCAGGUUUGAGUUUGCUUCACUCCGAACCUUCCGAGGAUGUUCCGCCGGGUGCGCGAAGCCGUGCACACCAGAGGUCUAGAUGACCGGUGCGCCAGCCUGGGGAUUAGUUGUUUCGCAGACGGAACAUAACGCCUGCGUUCCGUUGACUGACGAAACGGAAACUCUGCACAUUUGACGAAGGAGCCAUCAACGCAAAUCGACCAACGUGGAAGUCAAUUACCCAUUAGAGAGGCGGAUGCGUAUUUUCAACGACAGGCCAAUUGAUCUGGAUUUUGAACUAUGUGUUUCUUAAAGGUUCCCCCUUCUUUGUCAGAACCUGAAGAAGAUUGUUUAGUUGUGUUGUCACACGCUUUUCGUUAUAAGGAUUUAUGGUAGAAGGGACUCAUCACACACUACUGGUCAGCCGAACAUUUCACACGAAUACCGAUCCUACAAACAUUCCCAAUAAUUCGCACGCCAUUGCCCUACCAAAUACUCGUCUUCACUUAACUUAAUAAUCGCCGAUGAUUUAACGAACACGCCACCUUUAGCGCUACUGCUCAAAGAGUCCCCCUGAUACGAAUCAUUAAUGUCGGUCUGUGAUUUGAUUUUGGUUUUUUAUCCUAUACUCUUAAGAGGCUGCUUUAAGUAAUUUAUUUUUCAUUUAUUAAUCGUAUGGAUUUUGCUGGUUCUGAAAUAACAUUUCCUAGCCUCUCUUUGCUAGUAGUAGAGCGUGGCCGGUCAUUAGCCACAGGAACACCACACAAAAUCCUGUAUUGCCCUCGUAUUGUAGCACGAAACACUGCGCAUACCGUUCGUAACAAUGGAGGCCGCCAUCUAUCACUAGAAGAGUGAUUAUCUUGAAGAGUUUGAAAUGAAGCGAUUCCAAUAGGGCAGCUUAAAAGGAAGCGGCUAGUUUGCCGUCCCAAACCCAUGUUUGUUAACACUUUACCUUCGUUCCCGUUUUUCUUAAUACCAACCAAGUUCAAACAAUAGAGUUCGUUUACGACCGAUAGCCGCAAUAAGGUCAAUCAACAUGAAUAUCUUGAAUUUCGCUCCGGAGCAAUCUGGUGGUACUGCGUACUACCGUCCCUAAGCCUUUAACACUAUGACGGCAUUCUAAAGAACACGAAACAUAACCUAAUGAUAAUUGGAGUGCAGUGUUGCGUUGAGAAACAGCGGCAGAAGUGUUACGAAACCUAGCCGACAGAUGAAAAAUGAGACAACAACCUAGAGACUGAUCUUUGUAUGUUUUAAACCUAGCCUAGGAUUAAUAGGAGUUACAUGUGCGCCCGUAACAUCAUCACCCGAGAAGGGAAUUUGCUAGCUUUGCUAGCUCUUUACUUAAACUUUUGGAUUCCCCUUCUCGUAACUUACAGAGCCCGCAACAUGGCGGCUCUUUACAAGAUGUCUGUAUUGUAGAGUAGAGUUGCAAAUGUUCUUGUAAGAAGGUUGCUCGCCGUUUGCAGUCAACACAUAGGGUAUUUGUUGAGAGUUUCGAACAAACGCGUUGGAGUUAAACGUAGAACUAGAAAACAAUGAAGACUCAGAGAAAACAGUGAAGAGUCGCUACGAAAAGCAGCAGCAGCGGCAACUACAUCAACAACAAGCAUCAUCAAUGUUACUACUUUGCAUUGUUCCGUCUACUUUGUACAUAGAAGUGUUACGUAAGUUGACGUGCGUGUGGUUCACAGGUUUCAGUGAGACUCUCUGGACGGAGAUCCUCUCUUUUGAUCGUGCUGGUGCGACUGUCACUGGAACCAUUUUGGGCAGUCAAGCGAAUCUAAUCAAAUGUAAAUCAAAAUGUGUAGUUAUGGAACACUGUUACGUUUUACUCUUCUUUUAUGGAAACGUUGAAAAUAUAAUA